AUGAUUCAUGGAGAGGACGAGAAGGAAGGAACCAGCAGUGACAGUCGACUCGUCUUUAUCGGUGAAGAAGGUGAAGAUGACACAAUAGGCUUGAUCCCAUCUGUGAAAGCAUCACACGAAGGUCCACCACCAACACAUUCAUCAACGUUACACACUUCACAAGAAACCUCAAAUGUGGUCUAUUCAUGGUUCUCUUACAUGAUGUUUUCACUGAUAUUCCCAGUCGUACGUCAUGCAUUUAAACACAAAUCGGUGGAUUUUCAACAUCUGAUUGAAAUACCAACGAGUUGGAAAUUUUGUAACACGACAGGAGAAUUGGAACGAAUUCUCUCUCGGAAAAAGAUUGCCACCUCUCGUCACUUAUUUUGGGAAUUUGUGAAAUUGUAUUGGAAAAAUUUGGCAGCGAGUAUGAUUUUCAGAUUUAUCGGAUUGGCGAGUGAGGUUGGGAGAGUGUUUGCUUUGGAACGAAUUCUUCGAUACACGGAGGAUGUAUUGUCAAAGCAAGAUGUGAAUGUCUUUACAUGGCCAGUGCUGGGAUAUUUGGGAGGUUUAUGUCUUGUCAUGUUUGCAUGUAAGGGUAUAAAAUCGGCCAUGGGAUGCUAUGGAGUCAUGGUGUUGCAGCAAAUCGGACACUUCUCUAAGAAUUCACUGUUGGAUGCCAUCUACAAAAAGUCAUUAAGGUUGAGUUCGAUGGCACGGAAUACUUACACUAGUGGUACUAUUAUGAACAUUUGUACGACGGAUACUUCGAGACUGACUUGGUUUUACUAUCAUGCUGGAAUGGUAUCUUCGGUUGUGUUCACACUUAUUACUUGUGUGGGUCUUGUGUAUUACUUUAUUGGAGUUUCUGCCUUUGUUGGAUUUUCAAUGAUUCUGUUCAUCAUUCCACUCUCAUUUGUAUUCAUGAAUGUUCAUGAAAAGUUAGAGGAAAAAGUGGAAGCUUUCCAAGACAAGAGGAGCGAAAUUAUUUCACAAAUGGUUUCUUGUAUGCGAUUUGUGAAAUUGUAUGCCCUCGAAAAAUUAUUCAGAGACAAAAUUAUGAACAUUCGAGAUGAUGAAAUGAAGACGUAUCGAAAGCAAUACAUUUCUAUUGGAGGUAUCAACGCCAUUUGGUACUUUUACAUUCCAUCCAUUACAUUUUUAGGCUUCUUACAUUUUUGCUAUUUUAGAGAACAAACGUUGACCAUGACAAUUGCUUUCACUAUAUUGACUAUUUUGGACACUGUUCAUUUUGAAAUGAUUUUCCUUCCAGAGAGCUUAAUUGAUAUUUCCAAAACUUGGGCAAGCAUGAACAGAAUUUUGAACUUUUUAAAUGCAGAUGAAAUUGAACCUAAACAAGUUGAAAUUAUGGCUAAUGAUGACAUGGUGGCUCGUGACAAUGAUGAAGAUGAUGCUCCUAUGAUCUCGUUCAAGGACGCCACUAUGGCUUGGGAGCAAGAGGAAGCUGUUUUGAAGAAUAUUAAUUUGGAUAUUAAGAGAGGCGAAUUUUGUGUUGUCAUUGGUCGUGUUGGCCAAGGAAAAAGCUCCAUUCUCUCUUCAAUUUUGGGUGAAUUGAAAACCAUUUCAGGAAGUAUUGAAAAACGACCAGGUUGCUCCUAUUCCUAUGUUUCUCAAGAAUCGUGGAUUAGAAAUGAAACUAUUCGAGACAAUAUCAUGUUCGGAGAAGAGUAUGACGAGGAAAAAUAUGUGAAAGUGAUUCAUGCAUGCAACUUGGAGACUGAUUUUUCACAGUUAAUGGCUAGUGACUUGACAAUCAUUGGUGAAAAGGGAAUCAACUUGUCGGGUGGACAAAAGACUAGAGUUUCCCUAGCAAGAAGUUUCUACUCGGACACUGAUGUUUACAUUUUGGAUGAUCCAUUAUCUGCAGUUGAUGUGCAUACAGCAGAUCAUAUUUUGGAGCAUGGUAUCUUUGGAUUAUUGAAAAACAAAACAGUUGUGAUGGUCUCCAAUCACAUCCAUUUCAUUCAGAAAGCUCACAAAAUUGUUGUCAUUGAGGGCGGAUCGAUCACUCAACAAGGAACCUUUGACCAAUUGUACAACGAUCCAACCAAUGAAUCUUUCAGAAAUUUAAUUAAUGAAUUUAGUAAGGUGAAUGCUGAGAAGGCCGAACAAGAAAAAGAAGAAAAGGAUUUGUUCGACUAUGACGCCACCUCUGUGGACGAGCAGGAGUCUUCGUCAACUUUGGAGACCAGUAUACUCUCUGAACAAACAGAAACGCAUCCUUCUUCUACCAACAAGCAUGCUCCUCACCAAGUGAACAAGUUCCAACCUCUCCCUUACGACCAAGAAUUGAUUUCCAAGUAUAGUAUCACAGACCAAGAAGAGGAAAAGUCUAAAGGACUUUCAAUCAGAAGAUUUUAA